ACAGUUAAUUUGGAAAUGUUCCAAAAAUGCUCUGUUUUUUUUUCAGGCGAAACUGUCCCAUGUGAUGAAUGGAUUCCUCUGCAUGACAUUGAGGAAAAACUCUCAGAUUCGUCAUCUCUUAUGAAUAAUUCUGACAAUGCAUCUUCGGUAUUUGAUCAAACAAAUAACAGCCAAGAUUUGUCUGACUCAUCUUUACUGGAUCUCUCAGCUGAUAUACAACAGGAAUCGACAAAUACUCAACCUGUGGGAGCUAAAAAAGAGUUAGAAAUCGUUAUAGCAAUUGAGAAAGAACUGGUAAGAAUUCAUUUUGUAAUACUUUGAGAAUGAAUUUUUUUAUGUUAGAUGCUUUUUUUAUGUUAGAUGUUUUUA